UGGCUGUUGAUUAUGUGCUUGAUAUUAUUGCCAAGGUAUCUUUUUGUAUUUUUCUGCCGGGGAUGGGCCAGAUUAGGAAGGGCGGUACAACGGUGGGACUUGGCGUUGGUGUUUUGGAACAUCAAAGAUGGACAGGGUUUUCGCGGAGGUCGCUCCUCAGAUAUCUCCACAACUACAGAUCAGGGAUCUUCCAAAAUCAAGAAGAUUGGUGCAUAUGGCUAGGUCUCUUCACCUUACAAUUUGUAUGGCACUUUGGCCCGGGGUUGUGGUGUGGUAGGGGAGAACGGGGGAUACUCCCACACAGGAGUUUUGAACAACGUCCGGUUCACGUUUGGCUGGAUAACUCCACCACCACACAGGGUAUGCGGUCGGCGAUGGGGUCAGAAUGCUCGUAUGAUCGAGGGCUUUUCGAUGGAUCUAUCGGCGGGUUCUUAUUCGAAAAAUCGAGCGAGUUCAUGGUGGAGCGGUCGAUUGUCACUGUGGUUUUUAUAGUGUAA